AUGGACGGUUUCGAUAACCUCGGAAAAGCGUCACUUCCGCCAAAAACCAAAUUCUUCAGCAAGCUGAACAACGAAGACAUCAGUGAUGUGGACUACAAAAGAGCUCAAACCGUGUGGAAUACCUUCAACAUGCAAACCAUGAGGGAUUACCACGACCUAUACUUAAAGACGGACGUCCUACUCCUAGCGGAUGUGAUGGAAAAUUUUAGGAAGGUCUGUAAAACGAACUACGGACUGGAUCCAAUGUGGUACUACACAGCACCCGGACUCGCUUGGGACGCCGCACUGAAGCUGACGGAAGUGGAACUGGAGCUUACCUCCGAUCCGGACAUGUAUUUGUAA